AUGCUAAACUUUAUUAAUGUCAUUUAUCAAGAAUGUCGUAAAGGAGCUUGUCGUGUAACAUACACAGAAUCAGCAGCAACAACAACAAAAAAUCAAAAUAAUAUUGCAAUUAUUAAACCAUAUCCACGUUCUUCACAAAGAAAGGAUUUACCAUCAACGCUUGAAUCGGAGCAUAUGGCAACAAAUGUUGUUACGAAUGAUGAUGAUGUACAAAUUCCACCUCGUAGUAUUAAUGAAACAGGGGCGGUAGCCACUUCACCACCACCAACUGCCGUUCAACAACAUCCACAAGAACCAAACGACGAAGAAAAAGGUGAAUUAUCUUCAAAAGAACGUCGUCGUAUAGAAAAUUUAGCUAAACGUAAAAAAACUGGUUCAGAUUUUUAUUCAACGCAUAAUGCUAAAAAUCGUCCACGAAAUAAACAUGAACCAAAUAGUGGUGGUCAAAAUGAACAAGGAUUUCGCGGACAUACAAAAAAAAAGAAAAAGUCUUAA